ACUAUUAACAUGUCAUCAUCGUCGUUUCACAUAGAGCACUCCUGAUUAAUUAGAUCAACAGUCCCUCAAAACUCAAUUUGUUAAUUCUCGCAACAAAAACCAUUCCAGUCAAAAUUCCUUUUCUUAAUGGUGCAUUAGUUCCAUUAGAACGGAGUUUUGGAGGCUAUGAGACCGUCCUCGUGUAAUAUGCGGUGAAAUCUCCGAUCAGGUUAACGUACGAGCAUCCGUCGUUGCCGUUAAUCAUCAUUGUUACUUUAACCUAUUCGACUUUAAGGGACGCAGCGAUUUUUGCGUUGUGUAGAUGGAUAUUGAAACUGGAAAUCACCCUAAGCAUGAACGUUCAAGGAAAAGGUGGACAGCAUCCCUUGAUAAGAUAUUUGCAGACUUGGUAGUGAAGCAUAUACAGCUUGGAAACAGACCAAAUAAUGUCUUUGACAAGAAAACUUGGAAUCACAUACGGGAUGAGUUCAAUAAGCAGACAGAUCUAAAUUUCAAUAACAAUCAAUUGAGAAAACACUUGGAUGUACUGAGGACCCGCUAUUAUAAUUUGAAGUCGGCUUUUGUUCAAAAUGAGUUUACAAUGGAGGAUUCUUGCUGCAUUGGAUUUGACCUAUGGGAGGAUGUUGGGGCGCAACCUAGGCCCGAGGCAAUCAAAGUCAAGGACUGUCCUAUAUAUGAGCAACUAUGCGCAAUAUUCACAGAUACAUCAGCUGAUGGAAAGUAUGCACAAUCAAGUCACUUUGAAGGGUUGGAAAAAACUGUUGGAAAUGGUUCUGCAGGCUUAACUUCACAUAUGGUUGCUGGGUCCUCUCAUUCUGAAAAUCCAUCUUCGUCUAGACCAAUGCAAGGAAACCCUGUGUUGCCAGAUAAUAUAAUUAAGAAUAUAGCAGAGAGAAAAAGGAAAAGGCAGUUAGAGACACAAUCUUCUUCAGAGCAGAACAAGAAGGAUCAAGAAAUAAAUGAAGCUAUGGCAGAAGCUUUGUUAGAAAUGGUAGCUGCUUCAAGUUGGAGAAAAGUUUCACUAACACAAAAGGAUAAAAAAUUUACUAUAGCUAAUUGCAUUAAAGCACUAGAUGAGAUAGGAGACGUUGACCAACAACUCUACUUUGCAGCUUUAGACCUCUUUGAGGACCCUAACUUCCGAGAGACAUUUCUCUCUUUGAAGGGUGAUCAGCUACGUUUGACUUGGUUGCAGGGGAAGUGUGGUAGAUCCAACAUUUUCUUUUAGGCUAUAGAAGUUUGGCCUUUUUCCCUAGGAUGUAAAAAGAUAACUUUAGUGUUUGCAAGCAAAUCUUUUAUAUCAUGUUUUCAUGAUGAACAAGCCAUAUUUUCUAGUCUGGUUAUACCAGGAAGCUAGGCUUAUAUACAAACCUGUGACUUGCUAAUUGCUAGUACUUCUUUACUACUAUAAGCAGGCAAUUGAAAUGUGUUAUUGUCUAUGAUAAAGAACUCGCCAGGAAUUGUUGAA